UGAGAUUCCCAUUCCCCUCUUUCAAUGGCUUAAAUCCAAAUCAUAUAGCAUCCAAAGCCCUUUUUUAUAUGCUCUCUCUAUUAUUCUUCUGCUGAGUCUGAGCCCUGAGCAGAUCAAAGAAGGCUAGGCAGGAAAUCUCCGGACAGGGGCUUUAUUUAGAAUGAAGAAUUGGGCUGCUCCUCUCAUAGCUUCAGGGCUGUUUGCAUUUUUGUCACCAGGGUUGGUGUUUCAAAUGCCUGGCAAGGAACGUCCCUUCGAAUUUAUGAACAUGAAGACUAGCGUGGCCUCCAUAUUCUUGCACGCUGUUAUCUAUGGUUUGCUCAUCAUUCUGUUUCUUGUUAUUCUUGACAUUCGCAUCUAUGCUUAGGGUGCAGCGGCCAUCUCAAUUGUCAUUUUGUCAAAGAAAAGAAGAGCUGUGGUUUUUAGGAUUCUAGCAGACCAGCUUAGUGCUUUUCGUGAAAGAAGGAUUUAGUUAUGUUGUUUUACUCUUUUCAUUUACUGCCACUGGUGCUGUUGUGCUACUUGUAUGUAUUAUUACCUUCAUGAAUUCUCCUUUGUGCAAUGAAAAAACUAUAAUUGAUGCAGCCUUGACAA